UGGAGUAAACCAUACGUGAGAACCGAGAAUCUGCAACUUGUGAACCUUUUUCGUAUGUAAUUCGAUCGAAAAUGUCUUGAAGGUAAAAGAAGUAGAUGUUUUUGGAAAGAUACAUGUAUCUUUUUUAAUGUAUUUGGAAAAUGGAAACAACAGCGGGAACAGCGGGAAUAACCCCGGACUCACCAGCCACAACACCAACACCAACACCACUUUCCCGAUUCUGGAGCUCAAGCCACCUGUGGCACCGAGCUCGGAAAUCCAAUUGCAUCAACUUGAAGGAAAGUGGGUCCAGACUGUUCUCGUUCGUCAGCCUUUCAGCCUGCUUGCCUUGCCUUACUACCAAACCAUCGAGAAAUUCAUCAACAUCACCAAUUCCCCAAGAAGAAACGUCAUUUCCUACUCGUCCAGUAGAGAUUCUUCCAUUUAGAGAUCCGCAAGGAGGAUCAAUUCCCACUCCCGAGCUAGUAAAAGCUCCCCACAAAUCUCCUCCGCUACCGUUGAAACCAGAAACGGUCGACGACAAUAACGAUAACGAAGCUAUCAUCACUAUAUCAUCCUCUACUACCACUACCACUUCCACACCAACACCAACUAUCACCGUAACUCCUACCGCCACCGCGCCCCUCCAAUCUUCCUCUUCAUCGUCUAUAUCUCCACCCUCGUCCGAAUCAUCAACCCCCAAACCCACAACCAUGGCAGACCGCACUCUCCAGCAAAUCCUCAGCCAACUGCGCUCGAACCCCAACGCUCCCUACGGCGAAGCAUCAUCCCUCCUCUCGAGAGCCAAAAUCGCGCUCCUCCAACUCGGCGCCGCGACCCCAGGACCCAACAGCACGGCGUCGCCACAACACCUCUCCCUCGCGCGCGACGUAUACGAGCAGGGCGCACUCUUCAGCAUCCGGGCACGGAAUCCUGACGCCUUCACGCGGUACGUAGCGCAGCUACAGCCAUUCUACGAGCUCCCCUCCACCUCCGGCAACGAAGAGCAGCGGAACAAAGUCACUGGUUUAUAUCUAUUGCUUCUUUUGACCCAAGGUCGAUAUGCCGAGUUCCAUUCCGAGCUCGAGACUCUGGGAACCCGGGCUAAGGAGAACGGUUCUGGGGAGAUCGAGGGCGAUCGCUUUUUAGGAUACCCGAUUAAGUUGGAGCGCUGGCUCAUGGAGGGGAGUUAUGAUCGGGUCUGGAAGUCUAUGAAGAGUCGUGAGGUGCCUAGUGAGGAGUACGGUGUCUUCUCUGAGAUCCUAACAUCCCAAAUCCGCUCCGAAAUCGCCUCAAGCAGCGAGCGCGCAUACCCUUCCCUACCAUUAAGUAGCACCAAAUCCCUCCUCUUCCUCGACUCCGAGGGCGCCGUCAUCGAAUUCGCCCACCAGCGCGGCUGGCUCGUUCGCGACGGCAAAAUUUACUUCCCUAUCUCAGCUGCCACCACCGAUGGCGAAGAUGUCAUCGUCGACGAUGCAGAACAGGGAGAAGGUGAGAACGAGAAGGAGUUCAGCCGUAUGGUUAUCGAGAAUGCGCUUGGGUACGCUCGCGAACUUGAGACGAUUGUCUAAGCUAUUAUCGUGUUGUUAUGGGUGCAAAGGUCGAUCGGGGAUCCCAAGACCGAACGUGCCGGCCUGGACUGGCGACUUUAGGUGAUAGGCGGGUGAGAGUAGAAUUAAGCAGCGAGUAGCAACCAGUAUGGAAAUAUCUGGACUUCGCUACGGACUGUGCGGGAGUAUAUUCCAACGAAAUUAAUACCACACGACAUGAGAUAGACUAGGCCAAGUUGUCUAGACCAUCUACGAAGGAAUCAGAAAGCUUCACGAGCCUGCGUGUAUGAAUAAACAAAAAUGAGCAUUAAUAGACGCAACGGCGCAAAGGGGGUUAUAAAUUCAAACCUUUACUUAUAUCGAGGCAUUCCUAUUUGCAUCCACUACUAGCGACUACUUUAUAUAUCGCGAAUAGUUAGAGUUGUAUAGACUCAUUGUGUUCCAGACGUAAAUACUAUUUAUUUUGGCAUCA